UCACAACCGGAAAUACUCUGGACGCUAGGCAGAGCGGUGUGCUCCUCUCCAUGAAUGAAGCUCAACCGUAUACUUAAUUCAUUCGCCAUUUCCGCUAAAAUUAACAGAGUUUGUCUGAAAUUGCAUGUGAGCUUACUCUGACAGCUGUGCAUGUUCCUCACUGUUAGUUGGAAAUAUUGGCGUAAAGGUGUGUGCGUGUGCACACCCAACUUCAGCUGCAGCUGCGUGUAUGAGUGAGGAGUCUGCGUGAGACAUGUCAGUGUCGGUGAUAAUAAAGUGGGGAGGACAGGAGUACUCCAUCAGCUCUUUGUCUGAGGAGGAUACGGUGAUGGACCUGAAACAGUCCAUUAAAUCCUUGACUGGGGUUCUCCCAGAGAGACAGAAACUACUAGGACUUAAGAUAAAAGGUAAACCUGCAGAGGAUGAGGUGAAGCUGGGCUCUCUGAAAUUAAAGCCCAACACAAAAAUCAUGAUGAUGGGCACAAGAGAGGAAAGCCUGGAAGAGGUCUUGGCCCCUCCUCCAGAGAAUGACGACGUUGUUAACGAUUUUGACAUUGAGGAAGAGGUCAUUGAAGUGGAAAACCGAGAAGAGAAUCUAGCUAAAAUAGCUCGCAGAGUGAAGGACUACAAGGUGGAGGAACUGAACCCUCCAAGAGAAGGCAAGAGGCUCCUGGUACUAGACGUGGACUACACACUGUUUGAUCACAAGUCAUGCGCAGAAACGGGCCAGGAGCUUAUGAGACCAUACCUUCAUGAGUUUCUGACGGCAGCGUAUGAGGACUAUGAUAUUGUCAUUUGGUCUGCUACAAGUAUGAAGUGGAUUGAUGCCAAAAUGAAAGAGCUGGGAGUGACGGAUAACCCCAACUACAAGAUAACAUUUAUGUUGGACAGUGCAGCCAUGAUCACAGUACACACCCCUAAACGAGGGGUGGUGGAGGUGAAGCCUUUAGGUGUGAUAUGGGGGAAGUAUGAAGAAUUUUACAACAGGAAGAACACCAUCAUGUUUGAUGACAUAGGGCGGAACUUCCUAAUGAAUCCACAGAAUGGACUAAAGAUCCGGCCCUUCAUGAAGGCCCAUCUCAACCGGGAGAAGGACAGGGAGCUCUACAAACUUUCCCAGUACCUCAAAGAAAUCGCCAAACUUGAUGACUUCAGUGGGCUCAACCAUAAACAUUGGGAGAGGUACCUUUCCAAGAGGCAGCAGCACCACUGAGGAGGAACUACAUCAGCCAGUAGCACUUGAGCUGGGCACAACCUUCCCAUCUUCGGGGUUCUCCCGCACAAGAUGCACACACACACACACACAUGCUCGUCGUCUCUCCACCCCUAAAUGUCCACGCCGCUCUCACCCCGCAGUCCAAAACACCAGCGCUCAGCACUGACAUGGGCUCCAUUAACAUAUUUGCAUAUUCUCUCCCUAUUCUUUCCUAAAAA